UCGUCCCGCUCGCACAGUCUCAACACAGAACUCGGCUUGUUUUCAAAGAUGUCUUUGAGUGAAAAAAGUGAUGAGGAGAUCAGCAAGCUGCUCACUGAGUAUGGCAUCAAACAUGGACCUAUAGUGGACUCCACUCGAAAGCUGUACGAGAAGAAGCUUGAAGUGGCCAUGGAGAACGCUCCGGUGGAACCCUCGUCUGAUAAGACCUACUACAGGGAGGAAGCGGAGGAGAUUACCUACAUCACAUACCACAGUCCGGUCAGACAAGAGCCAGACAUGCUGAAACGAAGAGGCAACGUGGAGCCAGAUGAAGACGAGGAAUCGGACCAAGAAACAGAGCCCCCUGUCCAGACCGCCAACAGAACAGCCAAUCACAGCACAGUACGAUCCAGGGAGCUGGACAGAAAGUCCGGAGGCGGUGCGUGGAAGGUGAUCCGGCUGCUGCUGCUGUUCACCGUGUUAGGGGCUGCCCUCUACUACGCCUACUGCCAUGUGAUGAUAAACGAUGAGAACCACUUUAAAUUCCAAUGAUCUGAUUGGUUGUGAGGAUGUCGGGGUUUCUUCUCCAUCAAUGUCAGCAGAGAGAACACACAGUUUGAUCACAUUCCAUUAACCUUUGAAAUGCUCUAUGUUUCUUAGUGUCACCAUGUCAGUGAAAUUAACACUACCAGACAAAUUAUCCAAAGUCUGAUCCAUCAUGUUCCUCUGUGUCAUCAGUGUUGCCCCAUUCAUA